CCAUAUCAACUAUCGCGAAUUCGUCAACGCAUUCGGGGACAUUGUCGCAGGCUACCGUGACACGGGAAUAAUGACCGCACACCUGAUUCGUCAGGAAAAACGAAAGAAGGAAUUUGGAAAUGCGUUGCGUCAGCCGUGCCAUGUACCCAAGGUACCACGCUAUACGGUAAAGCAGAUAAAGGAGUUAGUUGCAAGGCGCCUCGGUGGCAAGUACAAGUCUGCUUGUGCAGCGUUCCGUAACAUUGACAUGGAUAAAGGUGGUUGUCUAGACAAGAGCGAACUACGACAUUUUAUCAAAACCCUAAACGUCGAGCUUGUUGAGGAGGACUAUGAAAUGCUGUAUCGCGAACUUGACUGUGAUAACAGUGGCAGUAUUAACUACGAGGAAUUCCUUUAUUGGUUUGAGGCACGCGCCAUGCUUAUAACGAAACUUGUCACGAACUUCAAGCAUAAUCGAACAGCUUUCACGAGGUUCAACCUCGCGCGCGAUCAUGCAAUGACUAAGGAUGAGCUGCGCUAUGCCCUCACGCACUAUCAUAUCCACCUUGAUGAUGCCGAAUUCGACAAGUUUGUCAGCGAAUUCGACGAAGAUGGCAAUGGCACUAUUGAUUUUCGUGAAUUUAUCUCGGUCGUUGGCGCUGAAGUGAGCGGUACCCAAGACAAUGGCCUCAGUGUCACGAUGCAGGCAGCCGACGACCGUCAGAAGAAGAGACUCAAGGACCUCCAUAAAGAGCUUGAGCGUCACGACUUUGAGCACUCGGAGUCGGAGUCUGAAUCAGAGAUUGACGAGGAAGGCCAUCAUCGCCAUUAUCAUGUGCACCACCACAAGGGUGACAGGCGCCUCCCCAAGGGUCAACAAUACCACACGCCCGCGGACGAGACAAUUGAGCGACCUGAAUCUCAGAGAUCCACGGCCUAUCACAAGUGUCCCAUUGAUGGCAACCUUGCCCUUCUUGACGCCAAGGCACGUCACAGCCUUCAACGUGCCAUAAAGCUUGCCAACCAAGAAGCUGUGCUCGGGAAUGAAUUGCAAGUACGGCCGCAUAUUGCUGCCGCUAGACGACGCCGGCAGGCGCUAACAAGAUCUCAACACUUUCAGGGAACCCCCCAAAACACGGCUUGGACCGUCACGAACAAUGAUUUCAGUCCAAAGCAAGAAAAGCUCCACCGCAGACACUGGCGAAAUCCGCCAGCACGCCGCAUCCAUCGUGCUCUUUCAGAGCCUCUCAUUGUCACCCACCGCUGAGUUGUCUCCAAUUCAUGGGGAUGGCGUGUGCAGGGGGGCACAUUAGAGGGGGGCAGUUUCAAACUUCAGGACCGCGAAAUGACCCGCAUGGUCCGCCAGCAGGAUGAGUCAAAUCAAAUGCAACUAGUUGGAUGGAGGAUAUGGUCCAGCAGAUAGGGGCGAAUGCCGCCGGGGAACUGCAGCUAUCGCGCUUGCUACGAAUCCGAGUCCCCUCUUUGUGAACAACACCUUGAAGGCGAGACAGAGGGACCGAUGAUAGCAGGAUGCUCACGGUGGCUGUGGCUAGGUGGGGUGCCGCGUUAGUGCCGCGUUUAGUGUGUACCAAAAAACGCUAUUCUAAAACGGAUGUCU